AAUAAACGAACGGCACUAGUUCACUUGCCCAACAGGAGUGAAAUUCUUGUCAGUCAAACGUUUUACAUACAAAGCUAGGUCACCGUUUUUAAUGGAGAAAUAAUGCCAGUUAAAGUGGAUAUUACUCCACCGCCACCAGCUAACUCUAAACAGCCUGGUGUGACGGAGUCCCUUUUGUACAACGGAUCCAAGUUUCAAGGGCACCAAAAAAGCAAGGGAAAUUCGUAUGAAGUUGAAGUGGUUUUGCAGCAUGUUGAUGAAGAAAACUCUUACCUAUGCGGGUAUUUAAAAAUAAAAGGUUUGACAGAGGAAUUUCCAACACUGACCACGUUUUUUGAUGGAGAAAUUAUAUCUGCCAAAUAUCCUUUUCUUACAAGAAAAUGGGAUGCUGAUGAAGAUGUUGAUAGAAAACAUUGGAGUAAAUUCGAUUUGUUUGUGCCGUAUUUGAAGACAUUCAACUCGGACUCAUUUGACUAUGACUCUCUCGCCAAGGCUGAUUAUGUAUUUAUGAGGUGGAAAGAACAUUUUUUAGUUCCUGACCACACAAUUAAGGACAUAAAUGGUGCUUCUUUUGCUGGGUUUUAUUACAUAUGCUUCCAUAAGUCAGCGGCUACUAUUGAAGGCUAUUACUAUCAUCGAAGUUCUGAGUGGUAUCAAUCCUUGACUUUAAGCCAUGUUCCAGAACACAGCAUCCAAAUUUAUGAAUUCAGAUGAAAUGACUGUGCGCAAACUGAAAUUUGGAUCGGUAUUUGUGUCUGUUAGUACUUACUCGUUCAUUAAGUCUUCAGUCAUAAAAAAGACAACAAGAUUAAGAUGUUUAAGUUUCUGUCUGUAAUAUAAGUUAAAGAUGCUAGGGCUAAUAGUAGAGAUUUCUCACAGAUCAAAACAAUCCAAGAAUGUGCAGCUAUCCUCUGUGAACAAUGUUUAGUGAUGUCUAACUGUCCUUGCAUAUACUUUUGUUUCUUUAACAUUAUUAGUGUUGUAGAUAUUGUAUCAUUUAGAAGAACCUAUAAUACUCCUCUGUCUCGUCUGUCAAAUUCUAUUGGCCAAGUGUGAGUACCUAUGUUACAUAUAAGUUUCUCAGUACUACAUAAGUAUUCUUAUUAUUGUGAUAUUUUGUACAAAUUGCUUGUGUAUAAGUAUAGUUUUGUUUCUAUUAUUUUGAUCAUCAUUUAAAAUGUUAUUAUAUUAAAGUUACCCAUUCCAUGAGAGCUAAAUAAAGUAUGUGCAAGUACAGAAUAUUUUGUUUUGAACAAGUUAGUUUUUGACGAAACUUCUAGGAAUUUUUAUUCAAGCAAUGUUAUUGAUAAAUUGAAUAUUUUUUUUCAAUAAAAUGUCUUUCAGUAAUAA